AUGGCCGAGCCCAGCUCCGAGUGCAGCAUCAAGGUCCUGUGCCGGUUCCGGCCCCUCAACCAGGCCGAGAUCCCGGGGGACAAAUUCCUGCCCGUCUUCCAGGGCGACGACAGCGUCGUGGUGGGGGGCAAACCCUACGUGUUCGACCGCGUGUUCCCCCCGAACACGACGCAGGAGCAGGUGUACCACGCCUGUGCCAUGCAGAUCGUCAAGGAUGUCCUGGCCGGGUACAACGGGACCAUCUUCGCCUACGGCCAAACCUCAUCGGGCAAGACCCACACCAUGGAGGGAAGCUGCACGACCCCAGCAGAUGGGGAUCAUCCCCGCAUCGCCCGGGACAUCUUCAACCACAUCUACGCCAUGGACGAGAACCUCGAGUUCCACAUCAAGGUGUCGUACUUUGAGAUUUACCUGGACAAGAUCCGGGACCUGCUGGACAUGACCAAAACCAACCUGUCGGUGCACGAGGACAAGAACCGCGUGCCCUACGUCAAGGGCUGCACCGAGCGCUUCGUGUCCAGCCCCGAGGAGAUCCUGGACGUCAUCGACGAGGGCAAAUCCAACCGGCACGUGGCUGUCACCAACAUGAACGAGCACAGCUCCCGCAGCCACAGCAUCUUCCUCAUCCACAUCAAGCAGGAGAACGUGGAGACCGAGCAGAAACUCAGCGGGAAACUCUACCUGGUGGACCUGGCGGGCAGCGAGAAGGUGAGCAAGACGGGGGCCGAGGGGGCCGUGCUGGACGAGGCCAAAAACAUCAACAAGUCUCUGUCGGCGCUGGGCAACGUCAUCUCCGCGCUGGCCGAGGGCACGAAGGCGUACGUGCCCUAUCGCGACAGCAAAAUGACGCGGAUCCUGCAGGACUCGCUGGGCGGGAACUGCCGCACCACGAUGUUCAUCUGCUGCUCCCCCUCCAGCUACAACGACGCCGAGACCAAAUCCACGCUCAUGUUCGGCCAGAGGGCCAAGACCAUCAAGAACACGGCGUCGGUGAACCUGGAGCUCACGGCAGAGCAGUGGAAGAAGAAGUUCGAGAAGGAGAAGGAGAAGAACAAAGCGCUGAGAGAGACCCUGGCCCGGCUCGAGGCGGAGCUGAACCGAUGGAGGAGCGGCGAGGCCGUGCCCGAGACGGAGCAGCUGAACGAGGCGGAGGCGGGAGACCGAGACCGGGCCGGGGAGGGCCGGGGAGGCCGGGGGACCCCGAGGAGCCCCCUGAACGACAACAGCUCCUCCAUCGUCAUCCACAUCUCGGACGAGGAGCGGCGCAAGUACGAGGAGGAGAUCAGGAAGCUCUACAAGCAGCUGGAUGACAAGGAUGACGAGAUCAACCAGCAGAGCCAGAUCAUGGAGAAGCUCAAGCAGCAGAUGCUGGACCAGGAGGAGGUGCUGGCAGCAGCCCGUGGCGGUGGCGAGGCGGCUCGCCGGGAGCUGGCAGCGCUGCGUGCCGAGCACGGCGCGGCGCGGGCCGAGGUCACCGAGGUGCUGGCGGCGCUGGAGGAGCUGGCGCGGAGCUACGACCGCAAGGCCCAGGAGGCCGAGGACACCGGCAGGCACAACCGGCGCCUGGCCGACGAGCUGGCACGGACAGAGGCCACGACGCUGUCGCUGGAGUCGGAGCUGUCGCGGGCGAGGGAGCUCGGGGGGCAGCAGCGGCGCCGCGCGGCUGAGGUGCUGAACGGGCUGCUCAGGGACCUGGGAGAGCUCAGCGCCCUCGUGGGCAGCGGGGACAUCAAACUGCCGGUGGAGGUGAGCGGGGCGAUCGAGGAGGAGUUCGCGGUGGCGCGGCUCUACAUCAGCAAGAUCAAGUCGGAGGUGAAGUCGGUGGUGAAGCGGUGCCGGCAGCUCGAGGGGCUGCAGGUCGAGUGUCACCGCAAGCUGGAGGUGACGGGCCGGGAGCUGUCCUCGUGCCAGCUGCUCAUCUCCCAGCACGAGGCGAAGAUCCGCUCGCUCACCGAGUACGCGCAGAGUUUGGAGCUGCGCAAGAGGCACCUCGAGGAGGCGCACGACGCGCUCGGGGAGGAGCUGGCGAGGCUGCAGGCACAGGAGGCCGCUCAGGUGGCCCGGAAGCAGCAGGGGCAGGAUGAGACCCAGGACACCGAUGAGGUCAAGGCGGCGCUGGAGCUGCAGCUCGAGAGCCAGCGCGAGGCUCAGCACAAACAGCUGGGGCGGCUCCGGGACGAGGUCAACGAGAGACAGAAAAUCAUCGACGAGCUGAAAGACCAGAAGCAGAAGCUGGAGCUGGAGCUGGAGCGGCUGCGGGCGGAGCACGAGGCCCUGCGGGGGGAGGAGCGGGCCAAGGCCGCGCGGCUGCAGGAGCUCACGCUCUCUACGAGCGCCACGCAGCAGUCCAAGCAGGACCUGAAGGGGCUGGAGGAGACCGUGGCCCGUGAACUCCAGACCCUCCACAACCUGCGCAAGCUGUUUGUUCAAGACGUCACGACUCGAGUCAAGAAAAGCGCAGAGCUGGAGCCCGAGGACAGUGGGGGGCUGCACUCCCAGAAGCAGAAGAUUUCCUUUCUUGAGAACAACCUGGAGCAGCUUACAAAGGUUCACAAACAGCUGGUCCGUGACAAUGCAGACCUGCGCUGUGAGCUUCCGAAGCUGGAGAAGCGGCUGCGCGCUACGGCUGGGCGGGUGCAGGCCCUGGAAGGGGCGCUGAGGGCGGCCAAGGAGGGAGCGCGGCUCGACAAGCGGCGCUACCAGCAGGAGGUGGAGCGGAUCAGGGAGGCCGUGCGGGCCCGGGGGGCGCGCAGGGGGCCCGGAGCGCACAUCGCCAAGCCGGUCCGUCCCGGGCAGGCUCCGUCCCCCACCGGGCUGAGCUUCACCAACACUCUGUUCCAGGGGUACCCCGGGGGCCCUGCCCGGCCUCCACGGACUGUGAGUGGGGGGAGGAGGGUCCUGGAGGGGGGCGAGGGCUUAGCCAGCGGCCCCCUGCGCUGUGCCAGCAGCCCCCCUGACUCCUUCCAGCAGCUCAACGUGGAUAACGGGAACCUGACGGACAUCAACGACAACAGGAGUGACCUGUCCUGCGCCUGCGAGGCCGAGGAGGCCGCCAAGGUGUUCCCCCUGCGCCAGGAGACGGCGGCCAGUUAAUGUGGCAGGUACGGGGACAGCCCCCAAGGGACAGG